GAAGCUUCAUUAUGAAAACUUCAUUUUGGAGUCAGUUGAAGGCCCUGUUAUGGCGAAACUUCCUUCUGAAAAAGAGAAACAAGAGGCAGUUUUUGCAGGAGAUAUUUUUCCCAGUGUUCUUCGUGUCGCUCAUGGCAAUGAUCAAAGCUUUCACACAGCCCAAGACAUUUCCUGUUACAUCUUUCCCUGAAAAUCCUCUUUCCAAUGGUAGAUUUCACUUCGAUACUAACAAGAAAUUGUUAGUGUCACCUAACACAUCAGAGGUUGUUGGUUUGAUGACCGAGAUAUCAACCCUUCUUGGUGGUGUUCAGUAUGAGACAUUUUCCAGCCAGUCUGCGGCAGAGGAGAGGUACAAAGCAAACCCGACCAACGUGGCAGCUGGGAUUAUAUUUAGUUUUGACGGUGGAACAAACUUUAAGUAUGCAAUUCGGAUGCCAUAUAGAUCUCUGCCUUCAAUCAAUGAUGUAUUUACUACAGCACUGAACCAGGGUCAGUGUAGAACGGACCUUACUGGAACUAGUUCAGGACGGAAGUGUCAAGCCAACUAUUAUCUCACAACUGGUUUCAUCUGGCUUCAGAAUGCUGUCGAUACUGCACUCAUAAAAAACAAGGAUGCAACACAUACUAUGCCAGAGAUCUCAGUCCAGUUGAUGCCCAAGGCUAAAUUAACAGAAAGUCUUGAAAGCAUCCAAAUUGGGUCAGCUAUCUACUUCGUUCUGGCUUACUCCUUCUUCAUCAACUUUCUGUGUGUCAAUCUGGUAGCAGAGAAAGAGAAGAAGAUUCGAGAAGGAAUGAAGAUGAUGGGUCUCAGAGACUCUGCAUGGUG